AAGACUGAAUAAAAAUGCAAAAAGACGUUCGGCUUUUUUUCCUGAUAAUUUGAAUCCAGCGGACGAACUUUACGCGCAGUCCUCUGGUGGAACCCGAUACAAUGUUACAAAUGGCUCUUCCUACUCUCUCGGCUCAUGGUCCCAGUCGGUCGCGAACGUUGGCCGAGCAGUUGGCUCGACAGCGGGAGCAUGAGGCUCGGUGGCGCAGGCAAUGGGAGCUGCAUGCUCGGUACUUCAAGGAGCAGGACGUCCGCAACCAGAGGCAGGAGGCGUGGAGCUCCCGUCACUCCUUCCAGCAGAGUAUGUCAGCAUACCACAGAGAAAAGCUGAAGGAAGAAAAGAAAGCCAAGCUAGAGCAGCGCAGAGAGCGGCUCAGGGCCAUGCUUCAAGAGGAGCGAAACAAACUGGAGGCCGAGCUCCGGGAUUUAGUUCCUGACAGGAGCAAAACGGCAACUCAGCAGGUGCACAAAGUUGAAGAGCUCCGUCAGGCUAGAGAGGAAAGAAGGAAAAAGGUUGCACAGGAGCUCCUUAAAGAGCACUGGAAGAGAAACAACCCAGACCUGCGUGAGGUUGAGUCAGCAUUGCAUAAAGAUCAUGUUGUCAACCAGUGGCAGGAGCAGAUAUCUGAGAAGAAACAGAAAGACGUGAUGGAGCAGGUGGAAAAGACACGCUUUGAAAAUGAGUAUGAGAGGAGUCGAAAAGAGGCCCUGGAGAGGAUGAGGCAAGCAGAGGAGAGGAGGAGAGAAGAGGAGCGGAAUAGGGCUGAGGAGCUCCGUAAACAGAUGGAAGAACUGAAACUGAGGGAGGAGGAGGCUACUCAUCUGAGAAAGGAGCAGGAGGAGCUGCUGCUGAAGCAGUGGGAACUGGAGAGGAUGGAGGAGGAAAGGAAGAAGACAGAGGAGAGGCAACGGAAAGCUGAAAUUGGGCAUUUCCUGAUUCGUCAGUACCGCUCUCAGUUAAAGAGGAGAGCCCAGCAAAUCCAGGAGGAACUGGAAGUUGAUCGCAAGAUUCUGGCAGCCUUACUUGAAGAAGAAGAGGAGGACAAAAAGCUGCAGAUGGCAAGAAGAGAGAGAGCGGUGGCCGACGCUGCCUGGAUGAAACGCGUCAUAGAGGAGCAGCUUGAACUGGAGCGCCAGAGAGAGGCCGAGUUUGACGUCCUGCACAGGGAAGAAGCUCAGCGUGUUUGGGAGAAACGAGAGGCCCAAUGGGAGAAGGAGAAGAAAGCCAGAGAAAGACUAAUGCAUGAGGUGCUUAUGGGGAGGCAGCAGCAACUGGAGCAAAAAAUGCUAAAGCUCCGCAAAGCUCAAGAGGAAUCGCUGAAGAGAAGGGAAGAGUUGAUCCAGGAGCUGGAACUGGAGAGGAAGCUCAGGCGUUUGGAAAAAGAGACGGACGAAGGCCAAAAAACUGCAAGGAUGCAGGAGCUGAAGGCCCAGGUGGAAGAGAAACGUCAGGAGCAGUGGCAAGAGUGGUGCAGAAUACAGCAGGAGGACGACGAGGAAAGGAAAGCCCUUGAAAUUCAAGAAGAAGACCUGAAGUUAGAGAUGCAGAAAAUGGCUGAAGAAGGUUACCAAGAAAAGAUUCACAGCAGACCUCGAUCCGCCUGGACAUGACCACCGUGGAGCGGGAUGUUUAUUUAUCCAUAGGGAAUUAGUUUAAAGUGUUUUAUCUAACUUUAUGUCCAG